AUGCCAACCUCAACAUUUCAAUCCGAGCGAGCUCGGACCAUGUGGAGAUCAUGCCUCGCCUCCGCCUUCCGGACUGCCGUAGCCUCCACCAUAGUUGGUGGCGCUACCCUCUACGGCCCUGCAUUCCUACGCCGCCAGAUAGCAUUCCCAGCCUUUUCCUACGUGACUGUGAUUCUCAUAGUCACCGAUGCAACCCUAGGUGACACCUUGCAUGGCUGCUGCCAUGCGCUCUACGCGACACUCCAAGGCGUAUGUCCUGCUAUCUUGAGCCUGUGGGUGAUCGGACCCGCCCGGUUGACAACGAGCACCACCGCUGCUGCGGUGGCGCUGAGUGCGUUUGUGGUGGCUCUGCCGGAAAAUACUCACUUGGUCGCUAAGCGUAUAGCGCUUGGCCAGAUUGUCAUUGUGUAUGUUUUAGCUUUUAUCAAUGGUGUAAACACUGACGCUGUUAUGCAUCCUGUCCACGUGGCAGCCAGUACGGCCAUAGGGGCCUUCGCCUGUGUUGUGGCCUUGUUGGUUCCCUACCCAAGUCUGGCUUAUUGCGAGAAAAGCAUGCAGUGGGAGAGACUUCCAAUAAAAUUCUUGAAACCAUAUUGGAUGAACCCAGGAGAGAGAUUGCAACAACUAGAGAUACCCUUAAGAGGGAUGGAAAUUGCUUUUUCCAGUGUUUCUUCAUUUCCAGUUGGACUGCUACACGCAGAGCUCAAAGAUGGUCUACCAGGGCUUGAGGAGGAAAUUAACCUGACUCUAAAUCAAGUUAAAAAUAGCAUGCCUUUUGAUUUGACAACUGUCCCUGAAUCAAAUCCAAAAAAUCUUGUGCAGUCCCUCUUAAGUCUUCAAACCAUCCCACCAAUCCAAACAGAUUUACCCUCUUUAUUUUUCUUAUUCUCCUUAAAUCUUCUGAAUAACAGAUUGGUAGAUUCUUCAUCGACUGAUUCUAUCAGAGAAAGAACAGAUACAACUAACCAAGAUAGAUGGUUUUUUAAAGGGAUUUGGAGCAGAUUGGCCAUGAAUAUAUGUAGUAGAAAGCUCAUACCAGCCUUUAAAUGCUCACUUUCUUUAGGCUUUGCUGUGCUAUUUGGGUUGAUAUAUAGCAAGGAAAAUGGUUAUUGGUCAGGCCUACCAGUUGCCAUUAGCCUAGCAUCAGCAAGACAAGCAACCUUUAAAGUUUCCAAUGUUAAAGCUCAAGGGACAGUGUUGGGAACUGUAUAUGGUGUCUUGCGCAGCCGUAUGUACGGCCAGGCUGGGGGAAUUUCAGCAGUUAUUGGGGCAGUAUUGAUUUUGGGUAGGGAAAAUUUUGGUCCUCCAAGUGAAUUUGCCAUUGCUAGAGUCAUAGAAACCUUCAUUGGAUUGUCUUGUUCCAUCAUGGUGGAGAUUCUCUUUCAACCAACAAGAGCUUCAAUCCUAGCUAAAAUUCACCUUUCCAAAAGUCUCAAAAUGUUGCAUGAAUGUGUGGGCUCAGUAAAUCUUUAUGCCAGCAAAGCUAAAUUGGAAGAAAGCCUUUAUAGACUCAAAACCCAUGUAGAUGAGCUAAGAAAAUAUAUUGAGGAAGCUGAGGCGGAGCCCAAUUUCUGGUUUUUUCCAUUUCAUUGUGCUUGCUAUUAUAAACUCUUGGGGUCUUUGUCAAAUAUGGUGGAUUUCUUGCUUUUUGGGACUCAUGCAAUUAGAUUUCUUCAACAAGAAUCUAGUAGAAUUGACAAUACUGUCUGGAAUGAGGCUGCAAAUAAGCUCAAUUGUGACCUUGAACUUUUCAAAAACAUGGUUGUAUCUCCCAUAAAAUGUUUUCAGGAGGUCACUUUGAUCAAAUCACUCACAGUACUUGAAAAGGAGCUUUCAAAAAAUGAUACUUCUUAUGAUCUUGAGUUGGGAAAAUCACCAAUUCCAACCAUGUUUAGGUUGUCGAGAUCGGAUGAGGAUGAGAUAGAGAGGACGAUGAGUUCUUAUCUCCAACAUUCAAAUGAAGCCCUUGAAAGUAUCCAAGCUGAUGCAGAUGAUGAGAAGCAGAUCAAGACCCAACUGGUUCUCAGUUUGAGUGCUCUGGUCUUUUGUAUAAGUGCUUUAGUGAGAGAGACUAGAGAGAUUGAAAAAGGAAUCCAGGAACUUAUGCAGUGGGAGAAUCCUUCAAGCAAUAUAAAUUUGUAUGAGAUUUCAUGUAAGGUUUAUGCUUUAUACAAAUGA